AUCAACCUCAGACUGUCUAUCAAAUCGAACAUGGCAGAUCCAUUAUCUGUAACCGCCGGCGUCGUCGGUAUACUAGGGUUUGGGAUCCAAGCCUGUCAGCUACUGACCGAUUUCUACAGCUCCGCACGAGGCUCUAGGGAGGAUGUGCGAGCCUUGUGCGAAUCGACUGAGGCUUUGUCUAGAAUGUUGACUGUGCUUCAAAAUGUAAUCGGGCAACCGGGAGUGGACACAGCGGCGGCUGCUGGAGUUCGCAAUCAUAUCAUGGCAUGCAGGGCUGGUUUGGCUCGCCUUGAUAAGAAGCUGAGGAAAAUUCAGAAUGUCAGAGGGGAUGGAGGGAUGCGAGCUUUAUAUCUGGCUAUGCAGUAUCCGUUGAAAGAGAAGACCAUUUUGAAACUCCGGACCAUUAUUGCUAAGGAACUCAUGGGCCAAUUGAGUCUCGCCUUGGGGACAUUAAACCUGGAAACAUCAAUCUCGCUUAUUGACGGUAUUGUUCAAGGCCAGUCCAUCACCAAUGAUUCUAUCAAUAGGCUACUGGCAGAGACACGUGCAAUCCAGAAUACAAUGCUUGAAAGCAAUCUAGCUGCAACCCAGAACAUUGACAACCUUCGAAAAGAAACUCGGGCGGGGUUUCAAGGCUUGGAUAAAGAUAUUAAUGACAUUGCUGCAAUGAAUUUGGCAAUGAAUGCAGAGAACAUCCGAGAAGAUGUACUCAACUGGAUUUCUUGUUCUGAUAUUAUCGGUUCAAGCCACAACUCCGCUUGCAAACAGCGACAAGAGGGUACUGGAAAUUGGUUCAUCCACGGAAAGACAUAUGAAGACUGGAGAACUGAACAAGGAUCAUUCAUCUGGCUUCACGGAAUUCCUGGAUGCGGAAAGACAAUUUUAUGCUCCUCUAUCAUCGAAGAGACUCUGAAAUACUGCUCUUCUCGACAGAAUCAUUACGUUGCCUACUUCUAUAUCACUUUCAACGACAGCGAGAAGCAGCGACCGGAGAACAUUAUGCGCUCACUUCUUCACCAGCUUACGAGUCGGCAGUCGAGUAUCCCAGAUACCUUGCUAGAUCUCUACAGGCAGCAUAAGAAUACUGCUCCUCCGAUUAACGUAUGGUUAGCGGCACUCCGUUCGGUUUUAGAUAGAUCUGGGGAGGUGUUCAUCAUCAUUGAUGCUUUGGAUGAGUGUCCAAUUCGAAUGGGGGAACGCGAAGAAUUGCUGAAAGGACUUGUCUCUAUCAAGGACUUCAAUCUUCCAAAUUUGCACCUCCUCGUCACGAGCCGCAGAGAAGUCGAUAUCAGCAAAACAUUAAGUCACAUCUUGACAGAACCUCCCUUUGGCAUCCAAAACUCGGAAGUGGAUCAAGAUAUUCAGAUUCAUGUGCGGAGCGAGGUUACGAACAAUCCAAAGCUAAGCAAAUGGCCCCAUUCAAUUCGAGAAGAAAUCGAGAAAGAGUUAGUACACGGAUGUCAUGGCAUGUUUCGAUGGGCCACUUGCCAACUGGAUUCUCUUAAAGGUUGUCUAAGAGCAAGCGCUGUUAGGAGUACACUCAAAGCACUGCCGCCAACUCUUGAUGCGACGUACGAGCGCAUCCUUCUAAACAUUGGAACAGAAUAUCGAAAGGAAGCAAUAUCAGCCUUGAUGUGGUUAAUGGCCUCUGAGAGACCAGUAUAUCUGAAUGAACUAGCUGAGGCAGCCGUUAUUGAUAUCAGCGUCGACCAGCCCUUUGACCCGGAAGAUCGACUCUUUGACCCACAAAGUAUCCUUACAGUCUUAUCAGCACUUGUUUCUGUUGUGCCAGAUGACGAAGACGAAGAUGAGGAAUAUAGCAAAGCCAUGACUGAACUGCUUCCGCUGGGAAAGUUCACUGAGAUUCGCCUAGCUCAUUAUUCUGUGCGAGAAUAUCUUUCGUCCGGACGAUUGGCGCAAACUCCAUUACUGGCAGCGAAGUUCUAUAUUACACCAUCCACCGCCCACUAUCACCUAUCUUUCAGUUGUAUUGCGUACAUAUCCUAUUGGGCGUUACGAAACGACCACGAAUUAGUCAAUCCGUCUCCAUAUUGGUUGGCUUCAGUGGCCCCAUUAAUGGUCUACGCAACAAAGUAUUGGGCUACUCAUGCCCUUCGGUGUGGUUCCGAGUUGCCUGAGAACUUGAAGCUCCUCAUUAUACGGUUCCUUACAUCGGCAAAGGUCGUAGAGCUUUGGACAAAACUCUUUUCUCCGGAAACCGAGGAAUUUAUUUGUGCAGAGGCCGAGGAAUUUAUCUCUAUCAGACGCCUUGUCAUAGACCGCCACAUACCGAGCCGUACACCCACAGGUGUCUUUAUUUCCACCAGAAUGCGGGAUCUACUUGCUGGUACCUCCGAUGAAAGAGUCAGAGCCACACGUUUCUUUCCUCCACAAUUAGUUCCAAGUCAUCGUCACCGCGAUCUUCCUGCGCCGCCGUUGUACUAUAUUGCAUGCCUUGGCCUUUCCGAACUGGUGCCAGAGAUCCUAAAGACUACAUCUAUUAACUGUGAGGCCGGUGGCAGUUACGAUAGUCCUCUGCAAGUUGCCUCGUUUAAGGGACACGAGCAGACCGUCCUUGCUCUUCUCAAGGCAGGGGUAAACGUUAAUGCUUCUGGAGGGCUGCAUCAUACUGCUCUUGAAGCAGGGUGCAUGGCAGAACACGCUUCUAUUGUUCACCACUUGCUGGAAGCUGGUGCUGCAGUCAACCUGGAACAUAUCCUCUCGAAAAUGAUAAUGGAACGGAAGCUGAACGCUGAAGUUGUUAUUCGAUUGUUGAAGACAACAGAAUCUGUUGAUCAUCGCAGACGGACAUUUGGAUGGUUGAUGAAAUGGGCAUCCUGGCAUGGACAUAGCAUGGUUGUGCGACAUCUUCUACAGCGAAUGCGAGGUCUUGAGCCUAAUAGCUUCUUCGAUUGGACACUGCCGCACAUAAUUGGCCUUACGGCAAUUAGUGAUACUUCAUAUCAACCAUGUGGGAGUGCACCGUACGAAGCUGCUGUGGCCGGCAAUUUGGAAGUCCUCCAACUCUUGGUUCCGAGAUGGGCAAACAUCAAUGAAAAUGCUUAUGAAGGGAAUACUGCACUCUACUGGGCAGCUUUGCACAAUAGUAAAGAAAUGGUUGGAUUUCUUCUUUCUCGUUCUGCUGAUAUUCAUGUCAUUGAAAAUUUCUAUGGUUGGACUGCUCAUUCUUGGGCUCACUUUAACAAAAGUACGGAGAUCCUAGAGAUGCUUAAGAAUGCUUGCAAAGUCGAGUAUUGUGGACUAUGCUUGCAACGUCUGUCUUAUGCCCAAUAAAGGGCUUUGGAAAGUUCAAAUGAUUUAGAAAGAAUGUAUGUUUGUAGUUUAGUAAAACCUUAAGAAGUUGAUCUAAUAUUUACCUCUAGCUUAUCAGAUUAACACACCAAAUUUAAGUUCGG